UGCCUUUAUGGGCGCCGAAGUUGUCGCGUUUUCGCGCAUCAGAUCAGAUCAGACGGCCAGCGGAGGGGGGGAGUGGGUUUUAUUAGUGCAGGUCAAGACGGAGAGCCGCUUCACCCCGCGCCGCCUUUUCGACGUUUUCUGCUUCCUUCCUUCGACAGGCUCUUCUCAUAGCAUGCCGCUGGUCCACACAAUGCUGAGGGCCUCCCUGAACAAGCAUCUGACGAAAUGGGCUGCAGCCCGAAUGACUCCGCCUUUGAGAAUGAUUGCUGUGGAGUCGGGUGUCCCUGAUCGACCGGCUCCCGACUCGGCAGCACCAGUCGCUCUUCUGCCUCCUGCAGCCGCAGCCGAGCCGGAGGCGAUCUCUUCGGAUGGGUCAGGACAGCGCCUCCGAACUCUGCCGGGCAUUUGCGACAGCAUGAGCCUAAACAUGACUAAGCUUUGCGCCGAUCGACGGCAGCUCGCCAUCCGACUGUCCGAUUUGUAUCGCCAUUGUACUGAGAUGCGACGCCGCGACAGUGAGCGCGGGUCUUUUGGUAAGGAAUUGAACCUGCUGGUGCUUGGGGUCCGUGUCGAAGAGCUCCAAGCCAAACUAAGCGAGUCGGAGCAACGGAGGCUGAGGGCUGAGCAUAGGGCCCGAAGAGAACUGAUGGCUGUAGAAGCGGAGACGGCGAAGGUGGAGUUGAAGUUGGCCAUCUACCAAACCGGCGAGGAGGUGGAAUGGGUGAAUCCGAAGAAGUCCUUUAUGGAGUCGGAAGAAUUUGAAAAAUUCGACAUACUUAUGUUAGAGAAAAAAUGGGAGGAGAAUAAGGCGUAAGAUGGACGAGUGGAACACAAUAAUUUUUCAUAUUUCUA